GACGUGUUGCCAGGUGGACUCAUGCGACACGUGACCAAACACUUGUGCUAUCAGGUACACUUGUGGACAUCUAACAAUUCCGAACCUUGAACCCAGGUAAAAAUUCCAGCUCUUUUUACCAGAUACAAAUGAAAGCGGUAGGGGGGUGGAUGUUGCAUUUAACUCCGCAAUGCAGUCUAAAAAUGCAACAUAACGGGCUCGUAUGCGCUGACACUUUGAGUCCAGGUGCAUAUGAGUGCAGUCGAGAAAGUACAGCAGUGUUGUACAUUCGGGCUUCCACUGAAUCGAUAUAGCCACCGUUCCGCGUGCUACAUCUGGCUAUCAUGAGCUACACGUCAGUAGGCUCGAAACGAUGUCUGCCAUCCCGUGUUUGCGCGUUUAAAGGCCAAUGAGGGAUUAGUACUUACUACGGUGUUGACCUCACGAAUCUUCGACGGCAGCUUCUUGUCCUUCCAAGUCAUUUUUAUAGCGAUAUAAAAUGCCAUCAGGAUCGGGCUCGUGUUAAAGUCAAGGGCUCGAAGUCGCCGUGCUUCAGAUCCUGGAUAUGUAUAACGAGUUCUCGAAUCUCGGACCUCGAGGGGGAUGGAGGUAGCUUAAUGCUGCUUCCCUCGUAAUAUCGUCCGUCCCGCUUACUGUAUAGCUUGAAUACAGUGUGAACGGGAUUGGCCUUCCAGAGUUGCUCGGGGACAAGAUGAGAGAGUCCCUUACGGCAUAGCGGGAGGACAUGAUCUUGCUCGAUCGUUGGCCAUUGGUGUUUAUGUAUACCAUCGGGGAUAGUUAGGGCGUAUCCUAAGAUCUUCAUGAGGAUCUCAUCAGGUAGGUGGACGGUCCAAUCUUUCUUUGCGUUUAAUUGAGCCUCAGCCAUAUUGGUCAAGCUAGACUAGUCUGACAGUUCGAGAUAUGGUUUGUUGAUGAACUCGGUUCAAGUAUCGGCAAAGGUUAGAAUUGAGGUUGGAGUGGAGUCUGAGACCGAUAGUUGAGAUUAAGUAUGACAGUU